AUGAAGGGAGCUCCUGGCUACUCCUGCCCCGACCGCUGCCAGCAGGGGACGCUGCGGAGAGCAGGGCAAGUGCGCUGGCUGGGGGAGCGGGACAGGUGCGCUGGGGGGCGGGUCUCGGCAGGGGGCGCUGUGGAGAGCGGGGCAGGGCCCGCAGGGCCCGGGCACGUUCCUGCUGCAGCCGCUCAGGGGCUGCGCUGCUCGGGCCAGGUGCGCAGCGACGAGCUGGCACUGGGAAACGGGGACCCCCCCAGGACCCGGAGAAACGUUUCGCUGGAGAGCCCUGGCCUGGCUCUGAUGGCGACGGAGACCAUGUCACUGCCACCCUCUGCCCCAGGGGAGUGCCAGCAGGAUGCCCCUGCUGGCCCAUGCACAGACGGGGAGGGCAUGGAUGUCCCUGGGAAGGGGCACAGGCCAGGGGAAGGCGGCGCUGACCCCAUCAUCACACAAGAGAGGGAGCCUGGGGCGCCUGAGCCCCCUGGUGCCACUAGCCAGGACAAGGCACCAAUACACGGACAGUCCCCUGCUGCCCCAGGGGAGGGGGGCAGCCAGGCAGAUCACCGCAGUGCCUGCCCCGCUCCCCUGGCACAGUCAGACCCUGCUGAUGCCCCAGGCCGACCAGCCUGCGGAGGGGAGGGCAGCAAUGGUGACGUCCUUGGUGACCCCCACUGUGCCGCCCCCUCCUUGGAGCCACCUCAAGCUGCCAAUGCUGUCUGCCAAGCGAACCCCGGGGAGCCAAAGCUGAGUGCUGGCUCCAAGCAGGGCUGCCAGGAGAGCGCCGAGGCGGUGGGCACAGAGACAGGCGGGGAGAAGGUGCCCGGCCCACCCGGGGACAAGUCACCGGCCAGUGGUCCAGGAUCGGAGCAGCUGGCGGAGGAGUCUGAAAAGGAUCCCCAGCCAGCUGGGGAACAGGGACCCCUGGCACUGGGCAGCGCUGGUGCCCAGGGGGGCCAGGAUGCCAGCUGUCCACUCGAGCCGGAUGGCACUCCGGUGCCAGGAGGACCCCUGCUGGCACCAAGGGACCUUGCCCCUCGCAGCCAGCAGGGGGCAGCAGGUGCCAGGCCUGACAUGGUCGUGCCAAGGUCUCCCGUGGCAACCGGUGACUCCUCUGGGCCUGCCCACCUGGUGUGCGACAGCAGCUGGGAGCCGGGGGGCGGGGAAGGCUGGAGGGAGGGACCAGCUGGCAGCUCGGCAGGUGGAGCCGGUGACAACAAUAAACCCCGGGGUGAGGUCGGAACCGGGACUGUGCUGGAAUCUGAGCUGAGCGAGGUGCCACCCAGCGCUGCUGGGCCCCGAGAGACCUCGCCUGGGGGAGACGGUGCCAGGGAGCCAGACGGUGCCGCAGGUCCAGCUGGUGCCGAAGUUCCGGGCCGUGCUGCGGUUUCAGCUGGUAUCAGGGAUCUGACCAGUACCAAAGAUCCAGCUGGUCCGCGAGAGACAGCCAGUGCCACAGAUCCGACUGGUGAAGAUCCAGCUGCUCCCAGCGAUCUGGGCAGUGCCACAGCUGCAGCCGGUGCCGACGCGCCGACCAGUGCUGGGGACCCAGCUGGGGCCAAAGAUCCAGGAGCUGCCUCGGAGCAGGAGAACAUGGAGAAUGGGGACCUCUCCAGUGAUGGCGAAGCCUCUCCAGCCCUUAAGCCAGGUGGGGAGACCCCCAUUGAGCGGGAGAUCCGGCUGCACCAGGAGAGGGAGGAGACCCUGAGGCGGCAGCGGGGCAUGGCCACCCCGCGGAGCACCCAGGAGUACGUGGAGGUCCGGAUGAAGCCCAUCUUGAGCCAGGCCCAGCCGCCCGCCCAGCUGCCCAAGGACAAGGAGCGCCAGUGGGCCGGGGCCCAGAUGCAGCGGGAGAUCCAGCGGGAGAGGCUCCGCGAGGAAGACCUGAUGCAUAUGGGCCAGGUGCGGGGCACCUACGACCGGGGCACCCCCCAGGAGCUGCAGGAGAAGAAGAUGAUCUUUGAGCACCAGCCCAGUCCCGAGCCCCCUUCCCCUAGGAAGCCGGCGAGGGUCGCCUGCAGCAGCAGCGCUGAGACCCCCUUGGAUCAGGGCCCCCGGGGUCCAUCCUUCACCGAGGCCAACAGCCAGGCCAAGGUGGUCAUCCUGGAGCCCAGCACCCUGCUGCGCCCCAGCCCUGGCCGCCAGCCCCCCCUGGAGCAGAGCCCCUCGACCCAAGGCAGCCCCUUCUUCAGACUGCGCUCCAGGAGCCCCCAGUCCCGGCUGGAGCUCGAGGUGCAGGAGGCCCAGAAGAGGGAAGAGGAGCUGCAGAAGCAGAGGCACUGUCUAUAUGGCUGGGUCCUGCCUCGGGAUGCCCAGGGGGCGACUGACGGGCAGGAGCCGCGCUGCAGCCAGCCAGAGAGACUGUCCUGCGGGAAGCUCGAUGUGACCUGGCCUCCCCCAGCCCUGACGGAGAGCCCCCAAGAGAAUGGGCUGGACCAGGUGGAGAAAAGUCCCCGGAGCCUUCGUCAGAAAAGUGCCUUAAUCCAGCGCUGGGAGUCAGGAGCUGUCAGCAACCAGGAGAGCUGGGAGUAGGGAGCGGCGCUGAGGAGGGAAGGGAGAGAAAAUGGGGGGAGUGGGGGACAUCCCAGCAUCUCGCAUCCUGCUCCAGAACCUACCCCCCACUUGAUCCUUCCAGGAUCCCACUACUGGAACCACCGUGUACCCUUCCCACCUACCUGACUGGACAAAGCUUUAAUGCAUGUGACCACCCAGGCCGCUUUGAUUGGGUGAUGAACUACUUUGCUUCACCUCCUCCCACCCCAGCUUUCUCCAUGGACCAAUCAGGAGAGACCUAGGUGAAACACAUUGUAGUUGAUUAUUUUUUUAGAGCAAGCCAAAUCCCAAAUUAAAGGAAGGAUGAGGCCUUUAAUACUCCGGACUAGGCACUGAUCUGAGCUAUCCCAGUGUGACUCCAGAAUCACUCAAAAGGGGUGACUCCAGAGUCACACCAGUGUAAAGGCAAUCAGAACCUGGUUCUCUAUUGUACGUAAAACGUGUGGAUCAGAAUCUCCAUCACUUUGAACUCUGGGUUGGGUGGGAUUACUAUUAGUGUGGCCUUGGGACGCCUGGGUUCUAGGCCCAGCUGGGCCACUGAUUUCCUACAUGUCCUUGUCCAAGUCACUUCACCACUCUGUGCCUCAGUUUCUCUAUCUUUUGAAUAGUGGGAUGAUGAUGAAUCCCAUGGCAGAAAUCAUGAACAUUUGGCCAAAGCACUAGUAUAACCUUGAUCCCAAACAUAUUAAGCCUCAAAUGGUCUCCUCCCCAGAAGCAGUCGCUUCUGAAACAAGCCGACAGAGUAGAUUGUGCUCAGGCAUGAAAUCAUCUUGGGAAGAGGCUACGGGGCGUUUUAAGUGAAAAAGGGUUUAAGAAAAAGAAUCAAUAAACGAAAGCAAAAGCACCAAGUGACUUGACUUAUUGCCACCACGAUUCAAAGUGGAGUAACGCAGAGGUGGUCGAGCUUGUGCGGCCACAGCAGGGCCACCCUGUCGGCUUCAUCAACAGUGAUCAAGUUAAUUAGGUUUUGUGUGAUGACACUGCCUGAGCCAGCUCGCAAGUUGCGAACCUCCCAGUGAUUUCCAUGGGAGUUUUGCCUGAGUGAGGACAGACUGGAUCGAGGGGAGGGGCUGGCUGGGGUAGAGGAUGGGAAGAGCUGGGAGGCCCCAUAGGCGGAGGUUACUCUGGGAAUUCACCACUGCAGAGGCCUGGAGAGCAGCCCUGUGCUGCUAUAAAAUAGCCGCUCCCAGCUGCUCUAAGUGACGCAGACGUCAGGCACCUGCAGCCACAUGGGAUCUGACGGGCCUAAAGGCCCCGCCACGCCCCAGUUCGGUCAAGUCCAGGGAUAUGCAGAGUUGGCAGCCUCCCCAGCCUGAGCAGCUAUCACAGCAGGGUGUCAUAGACCCGCAUCCGCUGUGGCUCCGGCUGGCAGGCGAGCGCCAUCAGUCUGGCCACACCUCAGCCCCCGAGCUGGAGUGCGUGGGCCCGUUUUCAAUGGUUACAGUUCCCGUCCCUUUGUACAUUUCACUGAGGACGGUGUAUGGAGCUGGGGGGAAAAAUACACACACACACACCCUGGCCUCUGUCCGAAGGCAAAUCCCUGCGUCCCUCCCGGCCUCAGUUUCCCUAGUCUGACAAAGAGGGAUGACCAUUCCGCCCUGCCCCACCCUGCCCCAGAGAGUGAACCAGUGCAUGGCCGUAACCCCCGUUCAGGUGUCAAAGUCCGGCUGAGGUUCUGAUUACUCAAUAACCACUAAUAAUGAGGGGAAGAGCCUUGGACCUAGCACCGGAGAUGGGUCCAGCUCCCUGCUGGGUGUAAAUCGGCCUGGCUGCCCUGGAGCGAUGUGGGGUCAGCCCCAUCCUAUAUGGGGCUACAUCUGAAGUCCAUUAGGGAACUUAGCUAGUGAAAAAUGCAGCAGGUCUCCUUUCUUAGAGGUUCUUUCCACAGGGAGUGGAUUACCCGGGGCCGGCAUGCACAGUGUGAAAGUAACUCAAGGGAGCGACACAGAGAUCAAGGUGAUAUGACAGCUGGCUGGGUUUUGAUCACCUUGGGUGUUCACAGGGGUCGGAUCCUCCCUUCCCUUGCAGAGGUGUAAAGCAGCGACCCCAUCGGCGGCUGUGGAAGCUUGUGUCAGCAGGAGCCGUGUUCAGCCACGGGAUCAAUCUCAUGCCUCUGAAGAAGUGGGUUUUU